UCAAGUCAAAUAUUUACGUAAAACACGUAAGUUAGCUAAAGUGAACCACCUUUGAUCAGUUUGCUUUAAAUGCGGAGGAGGUAGGGGGCGUGGCUGCGGUGAUGACGUGCUGUGUUUAUGUGAAAGCUCGCAGCAAACACUCAAGUCACCGACAGACCUUCAGAGCCUGGACAGAAAACGUGUACCUUAGUGUCACCACCCGCUUGGGUGCCAUGGUCGUCCGUCACAGAUGAGCUCUACUAUGUGGUACAUCAUGCAAAGCAUUCAAAGUAAAUACUCUUUGUCCGAGAGGCUCAUCCGCACCAUCUCAGCCAUCCGCUCAUUCCCGCAUGACAACGUGGAGGAUCUCAUUCGUAAGGGAGCUGAUGUGAACCGGAUGCAUGGCACACUGAAGCCCUUGCACUGUGCGUGUAUGGUCGCUGAAGCUGACUGUGUGGAGCUGCUGUUGGAGAAGGGGGCCGAGGUGAAUGCUUUGGAUGGAUACAACCGCACUGCACUGCACUAUGCUGCAGAGAAGGAUGAGAGCUGUGUGGAGCUGCUGUUGGAGUAUGGGGCCCUGCCGAAUGCCCUGGACGGCAACAAAGACACUCCACUUCACUGGGCUGCCUUCAAAGAUAACCCAGAGUGUGUGAGGGCCCUGCUUGAGAGCGGGGCCUGUCCCAAUGCGCGGGACUACAACAAUGACACUCCUCUGAGCUGGGCAGCAAUGAAAGGCAACCUGGAAAGUGUCAAAGUGCUUCUAGACUAUGGAGCCUUGGUCCAUGUGACCAACCUGAAGGGCCAGACUCCUAUCUCCCGACUGGUGGCCCUGUUGGCCCGGGGCCUGGGCACUGAACAGGAGGAGGAGUGCCUUGAGCUGCUGUGCAGGGCAGCAGGGCGGUUUGAGAUCCGAAAGGCGGACGGCACCCUUCCCAGGGAGCUGAGCAAAGAUCCUCAGCUGCUGGCAAGGCUGACCGACAUGGUGGCUCAUGCUCCCACUCUGCGCUCUCUGGCGCGCUGUGCCGUCCGCCAGAGUCUGGGAGUGCAGUUCUUCCCUGAUGCUGUAAAAGAGCUUCCCUUACCAGAGACUAUCAAAGACUAUCUUCUGCUGAGAGAAUGAGGGGAUGAAACCACUGGAUGAUCAUUAGGCACCUCAUCACACAUUUACUGGCAAGAAAGGCCUCAUAUUGGUUAUAGGCAAGUGGCUGACACUGGCCCUCAUUUAUUCAACUUUUUCAAAUCCGUACAGAUUUAUGCACCUGAACAUUGAUGAACAUUACAUUAUGUAGUGUACAACAUCUCCGUGAGCUGUUUAUUUUUUAUUUGAGCAGGUUCAGCUGUAGGAGCAGACCUCCCCCUCUGCAUUAUCUUUAUGUUGUCAUACUCCUGGCUUGCUUAAAGAAAUCAUUGGCCCAACAAAAUUUCUUAUCACAUUUUUUUUCCAGAAUGAAAAUCAAACUCAAUUAUAGGCAAAUUUCUACAAUGAUGGACCUCAUCAUUUGACAACAUGAAGUGUGUCCCAUCCCCCAAGCUUUUUCAAUGAGUUCCAACAGAGCCAUAGAGCUUUGCAAUGCCAAAAUUUACUAAAUGUAUUAAAUAAUCCUUUUUUUUUUACUUAAAUUUGAGGAAAAAAUAAGUAUGCUGUUAUUGCUUGUCACGGAGGAUGAUGAAACAAAGUUAAAUAUUGUUGGUAAAACGGGAAUGUUGAAAAUCUUGAGUUAUUCGUGGGAAUGGCCAUCUUUGUCUCAGUGAACUUACGGUGCAUACAAAUAUUUCAAAAACAAACAAAAAAAUUUUUUUUUUUUAAUAUACCUGUGUGUGUGUGUAUACAUUUUAAGCAACAAAAUGUGUCGGAGUAUUAUCAUUUGAAUGUGCCAGGCAGGCAUAUCUUACCUCCAUCUAAUUUUCUGAAAAAGUUCAUCACUGAUAAGAAGUCGACGUCAACAUGCCUGCUGUCAUAUGUGAUUUAGUAUUUAUUUGGGCUCUGUUUUAUUAAGGGGGUUGCAGUUGCCAUAAUGAAUAAGUUGUUUUUUUAAAUAUAUUUACAUAUUUACGUUUCCAGUCAUUAAGUAUUAAGUUUGUUAAUGUAUCUGCCUCAACUCUGACCGCUUCUGUGUUUGAUUUUGUUUUGCUUGUUCUGCAGAUGUAUAACAAUGAACCUCAGAGAUCAGGUCUUGUAUGCGCCUGCACAAGUGCUCUUCUUUUUAUCUGUCAUCGUAAUGAAAGUAAAUGCCUUUAUAUUCCAUUCAUUCUUCAUCUCCAAUGUUAUUUACAAAAAGUGUUUUGUUUUUGACUCAUUUGACAGCUGGAAUAUUUUGAACCAGUUAUAAAACAAUGUUACUGUGAGGUUAAUGGUAGGAUGAAACAAAGUAAAUUUACUAAGUUACUGUACAUAAGUCAAUUUUUUAUGUGCCCGUGCAUAAAAAUUUAUUUUUGGAUACAGUUUUUCACUUUCUCUCCACUACAAAUAUCAGCAAAUAUCUGGUCUCUAUAUUUUUGACAAAGCAUUGUUCACAUUGUUUGAUAUGUCCGUUAAAGGAAUCAACAAUUAGAGUGGAAUUAGUUUACUGGUCCAAUCAGAGCGGGCAGGUAAGAGACCCCGCCUCCAGCAGCAGCAUCAGUGGUGAAGAAGAAACACCUGAAAUAGAUUUGGAAGUGGCCACCACUGGGAUAGAGCCAUACAGUGUAGUAGACUGUUGCAUUAGGGAAUAGGCUUCACUCGACAAGUACUUGGAAUACUUUAAGUAUUUAGAUUGACUCACGUAGAAAAGUUAUUGUGGUACUUUUGCUUGAGUACAUUUUCGUCUAUUCAUCUGUACUAAAAUGCUUGUGAUUGAUAUUAUCAAAAAAUAUCAAUGACUUUGAAUUAGAAGUUGACUCAAAUCAAGUAGUGAACUAUGGUGAUAUUUGGAUGAAAAUGUAAAAUGUGAUGUGAUGUAAUGCUGUUUUGACACUUGAAGUAUACCAGAAUUUACCUGAGUAAUCCUCAACAUACAAAAUUAUGUACAGGGACAAAAAUAAAUGUUCGCUUACAGGAACAAA